UAUGAUGUAUACUAAUAAAUAAAACUUGAAUUAGCCCAAAUAAAAUGAUUUCUGGACUAGAUAGCAAAUAUACCAUUCAGAAAUAUUAGUAAAUGGUAAAAUAUUUCUUUCUAUCAAGCAGUGUAAAAAGAACUCUCAAAGCCUAAUUGUUUUCAUCUCUGUAAAUACUUUCUAGUAAGAUAUAGUGAACAUUGUGAAGGAGAAACUGGGGUGAUUAUAAAAUACCCUUUCAGUUAUAUAUUUUUGCAACCCUAUGUUAAAAUUGUACAGUUUGAGAAGCAUUAUAUGCAGGAAAUAUGUACUACUAAAUUUUAUGUUAAAUUAUUUUAAGAAUGAUAGUUUCUUGUCUUUUGCAGUUUUUUGAAGACUUUUUUUGCAGUAUACACUUCUAGGGUAAAACUUAUUUUAGCUUUAUAAUUUUAGAGAUCAAAAGUUUUUGAGACAGAGUAUUAUCUUCUGGUGAUAUGUCAUGUUAUUUAUUUGUUAGGCUUGCCAAAAUACUAGCUUUCUUAAGAACAUACAUAAAGAACUAAAGAAUAAGAGAAUAAGAUAAAAUUAAGAAAAAGGACAACAGAUAUUUGAUGACAAUUUUGUGCUUUUUAUAAAACAUAUACUCAAGAGGAAAAGAAUGAAAUUCAAGAGAGUUUAUAUUUACUCCCAUUUUGUUGUUUCAGGAUCAGCUUUUAUACAAGAAUUGUCUACUGGAUACCUAGAAUUCUGCCAGAUAGGAACAGGGUAUUAUAGAAUGCUUUGCAUAGCAAAAGCAGAAAUAUAGAGGCAUGAAAUUGCAAGGCAUGUUUAGGGAAUGGCAAAUAGUCCGACUGACUAGGGCAUAGUAUGGUGAUGGAUGGUAAGGCAGGAAAGGUAGGUUGGAUCUAUAUUGAAAGAGUCUUAUAUGCCAAAGAAUAUAAGGAAUGCUAAGGAAUUUGGAUUUUGUGUCUCUGGCAACAGGGAAUCUGUUAUUCAACACAGGCACGAAUCCACUAUUGCCACACUCUAUAACUAUAAAAUAGAGUUUAUCAGAGAAUCAGUAAGCACCUUGUUAAAGAUAGAUAUUGAAGUAUUUAUGGAUGAUUUCUAAUAUGUGCUCUAAAAUACUGCAAUGGGUAAAAAUAUGUAUGUGGGGAUUAAUGAAUCAAGAUUGACAAAAUGUUGAUAAUUGUUGAAGCUGAAUGAUAGGUUCAUGGAGGUUCAAUAUGUUAUUUUCUCUAAUUUUUUGUAUAUUUGAAUUGAGGAUAACAUGAUUACUUAUAGAAUUCUUAUGAGGAAUCAAAGAGCUUAUUUGAAGCUCUUAACACAGUGCCUAGCACAUGAUAACAGCACAGUAAAUAUUUGCUUCUUUUGCUAUAACAGCUACUACUAUGAGCAUAGGGCUGAAAAUGAGACUUUAAAGACUGCCAACACCUUGGAGGAUAGAAAAAGGAACUAGCACAGAGAGACUGAGAAAUGGAGGGGAUCUUCCCUGCAAAUUACAUUCAUUUGAAAAAGGCAAUUGUCAGUAAUAGGGGGCAGUAUGAAACUGUGGUUCCACUCGAAGAUUCUAUUGUGACUGAGGUUACAGCAACUCUACAGGAAUGGGCCAGUCUGUGGAAGCAACUUUACGUGAAACACAAAGUAGAUCUUUUCUACAAGCUACGCCAUGUGAUGAAUGAACUUAUUGACCUUCGAAGGCAGCUACUGUCUGGUCACCUGACUCAGGAUCAGGUGAGGGAGGUUAAGCGGCACAUCACCGUACGCCUGGACUGGGGUAAUGAGCAUUUGGGCCUGGACCUGGUACCUCGAAAGGACUUUGAAGUGGUGGAUUCGGACCAGAUUAGUGUCUCAGAUCUCUAUAAAAUGCAUUUAUCUAGCCGGCAGAGUGUACAGCAAAGCACAUCCCAGGUAGAUACAAUGCGCCCACGUCAUGGGGAAACCUGUCGGAUGCCAGUGCCACAUCACUUCUUUCUCAGUCUGAAGAGUUUCACCUACAAUACCAUUGGGGAAGAUACUGAUGUCUUCUUUUCCUUAUAUGAUAUGAGAGAAGGCAAGCAGAUCAGUGAGCGGUUUCUGGUGAGACUGAACAAGAAUGGUGGGCCAAGGAACCCAGAGAAGAUAGAACGAAUGUGUGCCCUUUUUACAGAUCUGAGCAGCAAAGAUAUGAAGAGAGAUUUAUAUAUAAUUGCCCAUGUGAUACGAAUAGGCCGGAUGCUCCUGAAUGACUCAAAGAAGGGCCCUGCUCACCUGCACUACCGGCGACCGUAUGGCUGUGCAGUCCUAAGUAUCCUGGAUGUCCUACAGUCGCUCACAGAAUUAAAGGAAGAAAAGGAUUUUGUUCUUAAGGUUUACACGUGCAACAACGAGAGUGAGUGGUCCCAGAUCCACGAGAAUAUCAUCCGCAAGUCCAGUGCCAAGUACUCUGCCCCCAGCGCCAGCCAUGGUCUUAUUAUUUCUCUGCAGCUUCUUCGUGGAGAUAUGGAACAGAUUAGGAGAGAAAAUCCCAUGACAUUUAAUAGGGGAUUGGCAAUUACAAGAAAAUUGGGAUUUCCUGAUGUCAUCAUGCCAGGUGAUAUCCGCAAUGACCUUUACCUAACCCUGGAAAAGGGGGAUUUCGAGAGAGGGGGAAAGAGUGUACAAAAGAACAUUGAAGUGACCAUGUAUGUGCUUUAUGCAGAUGGAGAAAUAUUGAAGGAUUGCAUCAGCUUGGGUUCAGGAGAGCCAAAUAGAAGUUCCUACCAUUCCUUCGUCCUCUACCACAGUAAUAGUCCUCGCUGGGGAGAAAUUAUCAAAUUGCCCAUCCCCAUUGACCGGUUCCGGGGCUCCCACCUGCGCUUCGAGUUCAGACAUUGUUCUACAAAGGACAAAGGGGAAAAGAAACUCUUUGGCUUUGCAUUCUCACCCCUGAUGCGGGACGAUGGUACCACACUCUCAGAUGAUAUCCAUGAGCUCUAUGUAUACAAGUGUGAUGAGAAUAGCACAUUUAACAACCAUGCUCUGUACCUGGGCCUGCCCUGCUGCAAAGAGGACUACAGUGGCUGCCCUAACAUUCCCUCUAGCCUCAUCUUCCAGCGCAGCACCAAAGAGUCUUUCUUUAUUUCCACACAACUGUCCUCCACCAAACUCACCCAGAAUGUGGACCUCCUUGCUCUGCUGAAAUGGAAGGCCUUUCCAGACCGGAUCAUGGACAUCCUAGGGCGGCUGCGUCAUGUCAAUGGGGAAGAAAUUGUUAAGUUUCUGCAGGACAUCUUAGAUACACUCUUUGUGAUUUUGGAUGAUAAUACAGAGAAAUACGGCCUGUUGGUAUUUCAGUCUUUGGUAUUCAUCAUCAACCUGCUCCGAGACAUCAAAUAUUUCCACUUCCGGCCUGUAAUGGACACUUACAUCCAGAAGCACUUUGCUGGAGCCCUGGCAUACAAGGAGCUUAUCCGCUGUUUGAAGUGGUACAUGGACUGUUCAGCAGAACUGAUUCGGCAGGACCACAUUCAGGAAGCCAUGCGGGCCUUGGAGUACCUUUUUAAGUUCAUCGUUCAGUCAAGGAUCCUGUAUUCACGGGCCACGUGUGGGAUGGAAGAGGAGCAAUUCCGGUCCAGCAUCCAAGAACUUUUCCAGUCUAUCCGGUUUGUCCUCAGUCUGGACAGCAGAAACUCAGAAACACUCCUUUUCACACAGGCUGCACUCCUCAAUUCCUUCCCAACCAUCUUUGAUGAGCUGCUGCAAAUGUUCACCGUGCAGGAGGUGGCAGAGUUUGUGAGAGGGACUCUGGGGAGCAUGCCCAGCACUGUGCACAUUGGGCAGUCAAUGGAUGUCGUGAAGCUACAGUCCAUUGCCAGGACUGUGGACAGCCGCCUGUUUUCUUUCUCAGAAUCCCGCCGCAUCCUGCUUCCUGUGGUUCUCCAUCACAUUCACCUUCACCUGAGGCAACAGAAAGAGCUGCUAAUCUGCUCAGGGAUUCUUGGCAGCAUCUUCUCCAUCAUCAAGACCAGCUCUCUGGAGGCAGAUGUCAUAGAGGAGGUAGAAAUGAUGGUGGAGAGCCUCCUGGACGUGCUCUUGCAGACUCUGCUCACCAUCAUGAGCAAAUCGCACGCUCAGGAGGCGGUAAGAGGGCAGCGGUGCCCGCAGUGCACAGCCGAGAUCACUGGCGAGUAUGUGUCCUGCCUUCUCUCGCUGCUCCGCCAGAUGUGUGACACCCAUUACCAGCACCUCUUGGACAACUUCCAGAGCAAAGAUGAACUCAAGGAAUUCCUGCUGAAGAUUUUCUGUGUGUUCCGGAACCUGAUGAAGAUGAGUGUCUUUCCUCGGGACUGGAUGGUGAUGAGACUUCUCACAAGCAAUAUUAUAGUCACUACUGUCCAGUACCUUUCUUCUGCACUGCACAAGAAUUUCACAGAGACAGACUUCGACUUUAAGGUAUGGAAUUCUUAUUUUAGCCUGGCAGUUCUGUUCAUAAAUCAGCCAAGCCUCCAGCUAGAAAUCAUCACUUCAUCCAAGAGGAAGAAGAUUCUAGAUAAGUAUGGGGACAUGCGUGUGAUGAUGGCUUAUGAACUGUUCAGCAUGUGGCAAAAUUUGGGUGAACAUAAGAUCCACUUUAUUCCGGGAAUGAUUGGUCCUUUUCUGGGCGUGACAUUGGUCCCACAGCCAGAAGUGCGAAAUAUCAUGAUUCCCAUCUUUCAUGACAUGAUGGACUGGGAGCAGAGGAAAAAUGGCAACUUCAAACAGGUGGAGGCCGAGCUGAUUGACAAGCUGGACAGCAUGGUGUCAGAAGGGAAAGGCGACGAGAGCUACAGGGAGCUCUUCGGCCUACUAACCCAGCUGUUUGGGCCCUACCCCAGUCUGCUGGAGAAGGUUGAACAAGAAACAUGGCGUGAGACCGGCAUUUCCUUUGUGACCUCAGUUACCCGCCUCAUGGAACGCCUUCUUGACUACAGGGAUUGCAUGAAAGGAGAGGAAACAGAGAAUAAGAAGAUCGGCUGCACUGUUAACCUGAUGAACUUUUACAAAUCUGAGAUUAACAAAGAAGAGAUGUAUAUCCGCUACAUCCAUAAGCUUUGUGACAUGCAUUUGCAGGCCGAAAACUACACAGAGGCUGCAUUCACUCUUCUCCUCUACUGUGAGCUGCUGCAGUGGGAGGAACGGCCACUGCGGGAAUUCCUCCACUACCCAUCUCAGACAGAGUGGCAGCGGAAGGAGGGACUGUGCCGCAAGAUCAUCCACUACUUCAACAAAGGCAAGAGCUGGGAGUUUGGGAUCCCACUGUGCAGGGAGCUGGCGUGUCAGUAUGAGAGCCUCUACGAUUAUCAGAGCCUCAGCUGGAUUCGGAAGAUGGAGGCCAGUUACUACGACAACAUCAUGGAGCAGCAGCGUCUGGAGCCUGAGUUCUUUCGGGUCGGCUUCUAUGGCAGAAAGUUUCCUUUCUUCCUUCGGAACAAAGAAUAUGUGUGCCGUGGCCACGACUACGAGAGGCUGGAGGCCUUCCAGCAGAGGAUGCUCAGCGAGUUCCCACAGGCCGUCGCCAUGCAGCACCCCAACCACCCUGAUGACGCCAUCCUGCAGUGUGACGCCCAGUACUUGCAGAUCUAUGCAGUGACGCCCAUUCCAGAUUAUGUGGAUGUCCUACAGAUGGAUAGGGUCCCGGAUCGAGUCAAGAGCUUCUACCGUGUCAACAAUGUGAGGAAGUUCCGGUACGACAGGCCUUUUCACAAAGGCCCCAAGGACAAGGAGAAUGAAUUCAAGAGCCUGUGGAUUGAGCGUACCACGCUGACCCUGACCCACAGUUUGCCUGGCAUCUCUCGGUGGUUUGAAGUGGAGAGGAGGGAACUGGUGGAGGUGAGCCCACUGGAGAAUGCCAUCCAAGUGGUUGAGAAUAAGAACCAGGAGCUGCGGGCCCUGAUCAGCCAGUAUCAACACAAGCAGGUGCACAGCAACAUCAACCUGCUGAGCAUGUGCCUGAAUGGCGUCAUCGAUGCAGCAGUUAAUGGAGGCAUUGCACGCUACCAAGAGGCCUUCUUUGAUAAAGAUUACAUCACCAAACACCCAGGAGAUGCUGAGAAGAUCACCCAGCUCAAGGAGCUUAUGCAGGAGCAGGUCCAUAUCCUUGGAGUCGGACUGGCAGUUCAUGAGAAGUUUGUGCACCCAGAAAUGCGCCCUCUGCAUAAGAAACUGAUAGAUCAGUUCCAGAUGAUGCGGGCCAGUCUCUACCAUGAGUUUCCAGGUUUGGACAAGCUAAGUCCUGCAUGUUCAGGCACCAGCACCCCACGGGGAAAUGUCCUAGCAUCCCAUAGCCCCAUGAGUCCUGAGAGCAUGAAGAUGACCCACCGGCACAGCCCCAUGAACUUGAUGGGGACAGGCCGCCAUUCAUCAUCCUCUCUCUCAUCACACGCGUCUAGUGAAGCUGGAAAUGUGGUGAUGCUCGGUGACAGCAACAUGGGCGAGGCUCCCGAGGACCUGUACCACCACAUGCAGCUCGCGUAUCCCAAUCCCAGGUACCAGGGCUCAGUCACCAACGUCUCUGUUCUGUCCUCGUCCCAGGCAAGCCCUUCUUCCUCCAGCCUGAGUUCCACUCACUCAGCACCAUCCCAGAUGAUUACCUCUGCCCCUUCCAGUGCCCGAGGCUCUCCCUCUCUGCCAGAUAAGUACCGCCACGCCCGGGAAAUGAUGUUGCUGCUGCCCACACACCGGGACCGCCCAAGCAGUGCCAUGUAUCCAGCAGCCAUCCUGGAGAAUGGUCAGCUGCCAAAUUUCCAGCGGGCCCUGUUCCAGCAAGUGGUCGGAGCCUGCAAACCCUGCAGUGAUCCCAAUCUGUCUGUGGCUGAAAAAGCGGUGCCAGCAGCCCCCAGCAGCUGGAGCCUGGAUAGCGGAGCCCGAGAGGCCCAGCCCUUCCUGUCUGCCCACACGGGGUGCAUCCUGGCCCCCCCAGUGCCUCCCCGAAGCCUGCUGCAUGGUCAUUACUCCUUACACUUUGACGCCUUCCACCACCCCUUGGGUGACACCCCCCCGGCCCUCCCUGCCCGGACCCUGCGCAAGUCUCCCCUCCAUCCUAUCCCAGCCUCCCCCACGAGCCCCCAGUCGGGCCUGGACGGCAGUAACUCUACACUGUCCGGCAGUGCUAGCAGUGGUGUGUCCUCCCUGAGCGAGAGUAACUUUGGGCAUUCCUCGGAGGCCCCACCUCGCACCGACACCAUGGACUCCAUGCCAAGCCAGGCCUGGAACGCUGAUGAAGAUCUUGAGCCACCCUACCUCCCUGUCCACUACAGCCUCUCUGAGUCUGCCGUCCUUGACUCCAUCAAGGCCCAGCCGUGUCGAAGCCACUCAGCCCCAGGAUGCGUCAUCCCUCAGGACCCUAUGGACCCACCUGCGCUGCCACCCAAGCCCUACCAUCCCCGCCUGCCGGCCCUGGAGCACGACGAGGGUGUGCUGCUGCGGGAAGAGGCCGAGAGGCCUCGGGGCCUGCACCGCAAGGCCUCACUGCCUCCUGGGAGCGUCAAGGAAGAGCAGGCCCGCAUGGCCUGGGAACAUGGCCGAGGAGAACAGUGAGGGGCAGAGAGGCGGCUGGGAUGCCGCCCUCGGUGAGCAGCUUGCCCAACUACUCCAGGUCUGAAAUCCAAGUCCCCCCCCAGGGAGCCAGAAGAGGCCUGGCACUCAGGAGAGAACCACCCCGAGUCUACGUUCUACUGCCGUGAACUCAUGUGUUGCCGUGUCCAGAGGCCUCAGCAGCAUGAAGGGUUGUGGCUUCUUUUUAUUUCAUUUUCUACCUAUUUCUAUGAGUUUUCUUUCUUUCGUGCAGUAGAUGCUUUCUUCCUCCUGCAGUUCCAGACCACGUGGAGCUAUAUGGAGAUAUUGCACAGACAGAAUUGCUUUGCAGCUCUGCAGGGCCUGGGGGUAGGAGCCCAAGCCCUGCCUCCAGGGUAGAGAUGCACAGAAGAAUGGAAAUUGCACUAGGGACCUCUUCCUUUGCUAUGUGGACAAGAGCUCAUGGUUGUAUUCAGGGAUUGCAAGGCCCAUGUGGACUACAUGUCACAGGUGGACA